AUGUAAUAAAGGGCUCGCUCACUAAUUGCUAGACAAUAUUACAAAAAUAAAUACGGUCCAUAAUUGAUUGAGGAUGACAAUGUAUUAGAUGUUCAAAUAGGAGAUGAUAAUACGUAUAUUGCAAUUUCAUCAUAUCAUUUAGAUUACAAGCUAGACAAGGUUUAGUAAUCACUAUUAACUCAGAUGAUGAAGGACCUAAAUAGAAACCUUCAUUGCCCAACUUUUCAGAGACAGUUGUCAAAAAAUAAGAAUGUGCAUUGUAAAAAUUUGAAGACAGAAACAGUACAUCACAAUUAUAACUCACUUUGCAAUAGCAAUUAUAAACACAAACUGAUGUUUACAAAUAGCAAUAACAUUAAGUUACUAAUACUCUUGAUAGUAUGUCACAAUUACAAAAGUCACUUUCAUAAAUUAAAAUCUAAUAACCUUAGCCACCUUAGAAUGUUAACAAUCAAUAAUAAUAAAAUUAAUAAUUGAAAUAACAAUAGAUUAGAUAACCUAUUACUAAAGGAAUUGGAGAUUAAAAUCAAAAAAAUAAUGAGAAACCAAAGUAAAGAGUCAUCUCUAUUCCUGAUAAUAUUUAAACAAAAAUGAAUAUAGAAUCUGAUGAAGAAGAGGUGCAAAUGAAUAAAAUGCCCAGAAAAUAAGUGAGACCUAAUGAAGAUGAAACUUUACCCUAAAUUCAUUUCAAAAAAAAACCAGAUGUUUUUUCAUAAUUAAAAUAGAAGGUAUAUAUUAUAUUUAUUAAUCGAUAGAUCACACAACCAUUAAAUGAGAAUACAGCUUUACAAAUCUAAUAUAAAUACAAAUAAAGAGAUGAGUAUUCUCCAGAUGUGGAACCAACUUAAAAUGUUGCACCUGUGUCUUAUUAGGAUUUUAUUGCCAUGAAGAAUAGAGAGAUUAAUGCUGCUAAAUAAAGAAAAUAAGAUGAAGAAUAUAGAAAGUAAUUGUUACAAUAAAAGAAAUAAGAAAAAGUAGCUCCUGAAAAAAUAAGAGAAGGGGAGACUCUUCAAUAAUAUUAAUAGAGAAUGAUAGAAUAUUUACAUAAAUAGAAUAAAUACAAGAAUAAGAAGAAGUACAAGAGAGGAACUGAUUUGGAUAAUAAGAAAACAGCUGAAGAAAAAUAAAAGAUCAGCGAAUUAAUGAAAAUGAUUGAUCCAAAUUUCUAAUAAGAAGAUAUUGAAGAUAAACCAAUCAAACCAGAUCUAUUAAAUUAUGAUGUCUUACUUAAAAAUGGUUUAGUCUUGAAAUAAGCAUUUGUUAAACCACCAGAACCUGAUAUCAAUCCUAUGUUAAAUGUUUAUAAAAGAGGUAGAUAUGCAACAGAAUUCAUUUUCAGUGGUGGUAUUGAUUUGGAUGAUGGACCUUAUGGGUAAUAAUCUAGAAAGAAACCUAAGAAAUUACCAUUCCCUAAACAUAGAUUAAGUUUAUCUCCUUGGGAAUACUAUGGUGUAGGACCUGAAGAAUAUUUUGCAACCAGAAAUCCUAAUUUUGAAUUCAAAUAGAAAUAUGUUCCUGUUAAGGAUUAUUAUAAUGAAAUGCCAAGACCUAAAUAAAAUCCUAAAUAUUUUAGUUAUGAUGUAGAUUAAUUAUUGGCUAAACGAUAUUAAACCAUUCAUGAAGAAUAUCAAUACUAAACUUCAUUUAUUGGUUAUAAAUAAAGACAUUGGACACCUGCAUCUCAUUUGAAGGCUGUUUGUCCUAGUUUAGUAUUAGAAUAUGAGAAAUAUGAAAGAGAUAGAUUAUUUUGUUAUAUUGUUUGUGCAAAGGUAUCUAAAUAUUAACUAAUUGAAACAGUUGGUAUUUUAACUUCGAAAUAUACUAAAAAUAAAAUAGAAAAUUUAGUUAUGACAUAUUGGAAGGGAGAUUCCAAAGGAGAAAAAAAAACUAUUUCAAAUUUAGAGAAAUAAAUUCCUUAAGAGUAAAUGAAAUAAACUGAUGAGAUGGAAUUAUUUAGAGAUGAUGAGGAAGAAGAGAAUGAAAAGAAAAAAAAAAUAAGUAAAGAACAAAGACAUUUAGAAGAUGAAUGGGAUCCUAAUAAAGAUGAAGCUACAGAAAGAGGAAAAAGGAAUAAAUUGAGAAAAGAAAAGUUUUAAAGAAUAGCAGAAGAAUUAAAAUUAAAAUAAUAAAUUUAACCAGAAAAAAUUAAAAAGAAAUCAAAAAAAGAUAUUGAAGGAGAUAUUAUGGAAGUAGAAAAUUAAACAAAAGAUGAAAAUUAACCAUCUUAAUCUAAGAAGGAAUAAAAAAAAUAAAAGAGAAGUAAAAAAAAGAAAUAAGAAUAAUCUAAAUAAGUAGUAGAAUAGGAAGCAAAUCAAUUUGAAUAAUAAUUUUAAUAAGAAUAAUAAAAUAAUAAUGAAGUAUAAUCUAAAUAAGAAAGUGAGGAAUAAGUAUUUUAUGACAAUGAAGAUCUAGUUUUCAAAGCCAAAAUGAUUGAAUUCAAUUAAAAGAGAUUCAAUUUCACAGGCACUGAUGUUGAUCUAUAAGAAAGCAUGAAAUUAGUUUUUCCAAACAAUCAACAAUAAAAAUUGGAUUCCGAAAGAUAUAAAUAAUUUAUGCAGAAAUGA